AUGCUACUGGUCCAAGGACCACAUUUUGAAAACCACUGUGGUGAUGAAAGUCUGGCCCGCUGUGAACCACUAAAACAGGCAGAGAUGAAUCUGCAAGCAGAAUAUGAUCGUCUGAAGCAGCAGCAUGAACAUAAAGGCCUGUCCCCACUGCCGUCUCCCCCUGAGAUGAUGCCCACCUCUCCCCAGAGUCCCCGGGAUGCUGAGCUCAUUGCAGAGGCCAAGCUACUGCGUCAACACAAAGGCCGCCUGGAAGCCAGGAUGCAAAUCCUGGAAGACCACAAUAAACAGCUGGAGUCUCAGUUACAUAGGCUAAGGCAGCUGCUGGAGCAACCCCAGGCAGAGGCCAAGGUGAAUGGUACCACAGUUUCUUCUCCUUCUACCUCUCUACAGAGGUCAGAUAGCAGUCAGCCUAUGCUGCUCCGAGUGGUUGGCAGUCAAACUUCAGAAUCUAUGGAUCCUAAAGUGGUUGUACUUGACUCUCAGUAUUACCUCACAGAACCUGACUCGCCUGUAGUCCCAGCUACUCUAAAAGCUGAGGCGGGAGGAUCACUUAAGCCCAGAAAUUCAAUAGCAACUUGGGCAACAUAG